AUGUCCCCGAGCUCGGUCCUCCCUGAGCACACUCGGUGCUGGGCAGGUGCCGCCGGGCACCCACCCUCCUUCCCUUUACCCUCCUCAGCUCGCAUCCCUGAGAAGGCCGGUGCUGGGGCCCAGCCUGCCACCGCCCAGGCACACCAAUGCCAGCGGAGCCCACACACCAAGGCGCUGAUUGAGAUCCCUCCUGAGGCCAUGACCGACAACCUUGGAAUCACGGAGGGGCCGCCAGAGCCCGGCGACCUAGCUGAGGGGGCGCCCGGUGGAGAACGGGGAGAGGAGAGCUCCGGGCUGCCACCAGGAGAGGAGGGCGACUACCCAGACCCGGGUCUCCUUACCUACCUUGACGAACUUUGUGCCCAGGACAAAUACUUCCUUGCUAAGGUGCGCUGGCCCUGGCCCGGGUGCCACAAGAUUUUGGGGAGCAGCACUCCCACCAACCAGUGUGCAUGUUUGUGUGCCUGUCUCGUGUGGGGUGUGUGGCAUGCACGUAUAUACGUGUGUAUAUGCUGUGUGUGUGCAUGUGUGCCUGUGGUCGGGGACCGUGACCACAUCUAUCCAACACCCCCUUGUUGUGGAGCAUGGGGCUGGUCUCUGCUUUUCCCUUGCCCUCCGGGUCCUCUGGGUGCCCAGGAGAUCCCCUCCAAGGGUGCUCACAGCCUCUUGCUUCUGUGCCAGGUGGACGUAGUGCUGCACCCACGCUUCCUGGCGGAGUUGCUCUCCCCACAUCCUGAGCUGUACCUCUUGGUCCUUGCUGAGGAGCUGGAGAAGGAGGAAGGACUGUCCAUCUUACAGCUGGAGCACAGGCGACUCCUGGAACUGAGGCAGGAGGAGGAGGGUGUGCAGGCCUCCCCAAGUCAUGGCGCACCCCAACUGGACUCAAGGCCUUCUGAGUGUGAGGCCAGCCAGUCUCCCCAGAGGCCAGGCCUCAGCCCCACUGGCCCUCCAGCUGCCAAGGCCAGCAGUCAGCCCCCGUGUGCAGGCACAGCCCCUGCUGGGAAGACACCCCUGCCAGGGGCCAGCCGCCCCACACAGCCCCAGAAGAGAAAGGGGGACCCUUUUGUCCCAGAGAGGCGUAAGAGGCAGCACUGCAGCCAGUAGGGAGGAGCCGGCCCUCCAGGGCAGCUUCAGGCUCCUCCGCAUCCCAGU